UAACCUGCUCUUUACUUUUGAACGUAACCUAUAAGUCGCAGGGUUAGCGAAACUGCUGAAAUUUUUUAAACGCAGUUUCGAAAAAGAAUAUUUCAAAUGGGGAUGAUUGCUAGCAAUGCCUAUCUGGCGGCUUUCAGUGCUGGCACUGUUGUUGGGAUAGCUUCAACUUAUGUAUUCCUGAAAUUUAGGAAUAACUGGCAUACACAACAUGAAAACAAAGUUAAACAAGAUCCACUUAUCAUGGAAGAGAAAUAUGAGUUUGAAAAUACUGACGAUGAAAUUCGAUUAAUAUUAGGCGUGCGAAAUGACUUAAAAAUGCAAAAGGGCAAAGUAGCUGCACAAUGUGGACAUGCCUCGAUGGAUGCGUUUGCUAAGGUCUAUAAAAAAUCGCCUGAACUCCUUAAAAGCUGGUUGAAAACUGGUGGUACAAAGAUUGUUGUUCGUGUGGACUCUGAGGCUCAAUUAUUCGAACUGAAUAGUAGAGCGAAAAACUUAAACGUAUUUUCCUGCAUUAUUUGUGAUGCAGGUCACACCCAAGUAGAUCCAGGUUCAAGAACUGUGAUAGCCAUCGGGCCCGCUCGAAAAAGUGUCUUAGAGCAGAUUACCGGAGACUUGAAGCUGUAUUAAACAAAUAAAAAUUUUUUUAUUAACAUCGUUGUGUAAUUGCCAUCAUUGCCAAUAAAGUCAAAAAAUUCUUAUCCACUA